CUUCGCCCAGGUGUCAACGCCAUGCUCAGGAAGGUGGCGGUGGCUGCCGCCUCCAAACCCCACGUGGAGAUCCGCCAGGACGGGGACCAGUUCUACAUCAAAACCUCCACCACUGUCCGCACCACUGAGAUCAACUUCAAAAUCGGGGAGAGCUUUGAGGAGGAGACGGUGGAUGGACGAAAGUGCAGGAGUUUGGCCACUUGGGAGAAUGAAAACAAGAUCUAUUGCAAACAAACUCUUAUUGAGGGAGAUGGCCCCAAAACAUAUUGGACUCGAGAAUUAGCUAAUGAUGAGCUGAUUUUGACCUUUGGUGCUGAUGAUGUUGUGUGCACAAGAAUUUAUGUAAGAGAGUAAAAACAUCCAUUUACUUGUCAUCUGGGAUGAAGUGGAGAACUGUGAAAAUCCCCAGUAUAAGUAUCUGUGUGUGCUGUUAGUAAUGCGGUGUUGUAUGUGACCGUGUGUGUUAUAUCUGAACCCAUAUCCUCUGUUAAGUGUAUUUUGCUUUCAUUUUUCAUCGCAGACACUAUUCCUUCCCACUUUUAUGCCAUCAUUUUUUGUGUCUGCUUUGUAUAUUGUAGUUGUCACUUGCUAUGGUUUCAUCAAUUAUUAAACUUAUUGGGCAUAACUCA